AUGUCUCGCCUCAUGCAAAUUGCAGCAAUCCUCGCGACAGUGGUAUUUACGACCGUGUAUGCGGGCACGCACACGGACUGCGGCAUUACGCAGACCUCGUUCAGCGACUGCGUCGCGUACAUCGUCGACCUCGAGUCGAGCAUCGACCCGCGGUGCUGCACCGGGCUGCGCGACAUCGUCAGCAGCCUCCCCCCGACCGCCGACGCGCGCCGCUCGACCUGCACCUGCCUCCAGCAGAUGAUUGUCACCGUCGGGAAGCCGAUCGACGCCGGGAGGGCGGCCGGCCUCGGCGGAAGCUGCGGGGUCAACACUGACAUUGUCCCCACCAGCUUAAACUUCGACUGCUCCAAGUAA